AUAUUUUUCCCCAUUUUAGUUUCCCUGCUUUGCUGAUUGUCAGUCUAAGGACAUGUUUGGUUUCCUUGUUGCAUAAUCCAGCUGUCGUCAGUUCUCCUUGCUGGGCCUCCAUUUUCUCAUCUAUGAAAUAAAGAUUUUAGAUGGGAAGAUCUCUAAGAUCUUUUCCAGCUUAACUUUCUGUAAUUUCAUAACCUCAAAGACCUCUUUUCUGUCUACCUUUAUCACCGUCUCAUCUUGCCAUUUGGUGUUUCCUAAUGGGAAUGAGAAAAAUAAUGGCAUUUCCAUACUCCCCCAACUCCUCAUACCUAUUAAAGGCUACAUCUAAACCUCGGUGAGUUUCUGGGACAUUUCUGAAUCAAAUGAAAGGACAAUUGUGUCCCUUUUUGUGUCCAAAUCUUGUGAAGGAUAUAUGUCUAUAAUAAGAUGUGAUCAUCAGUAAAGUCCUUUACUUACUGGUAGAAAACAUUUUGGAAUAAAGGCAAAAUCUUUUUGGAAAAGGAUAAAAGUUAUGACUGAUGUAGGAUACCUGUACAAUGUUUUCAUCCACGCCGGUAAUUUAGGUUCUGAAGACUUCCCUUAACCUUUCUAGGCUUUAGCUUUCCUGUUUGUUCAUUCAUUCACCAUUUACCUGCCUCUAAUACUUUAUAAUAAAGUAAGUCUAUCUCUAACAUUUUAUGAAAUUGCCCAUGAACAGAUCUCACUCUACAUCUUGCCAAUUCAUAUGCCACUAUCCUUUGACUUUUCACCUCUGUCCUGAAUGGCAGUACUGCCUUGGCUCCCAUGCAUCCCCUGAGAGGGGCGCAGCAGAGCCUGGGUCUCUCUACAAGCCUUGCUGUGGUCUGCUUCUCAGAUGGGAGCUGUUCAUUAUUUUCUGGAAGGUUUAUGUAACAGAUGUUACAAGGCAGACAAGUAAGCACACACCCCCUGAGCCCGGAGCACACAGGCACGCACACACUUGCCAAUACCAAUACAAGGAGAGCUGCUGGGUGAUGGAGGGAGUGUGCUGAGGGGCGGGCGCGGCUCCGAAGCCCAGCUAACGUCUCUGUGUGGCCAUGCUGUAUUUUCAGCUUGUCAUCAUGGCUGGGACAGUGCUGCUUGCCUACUACUUCGAAUGCACUGACACUUUUCAGGUGCAUAUCCAAGGAUUCUUCUGUCAGGAUGGAGACUUAAUGAAGCCUUACCCGGGGACAGAGGAAGAAAGCUUCAUCACCCCUCUGGUGCUCUAUUGUGUGCUGGCUGCCAGCCCAACUGCUAUUAUUUUUAUUGGUGAGAUAUCCAUGUAUUUCAUAAAGUCAACCAGAGAAUCUCUGAUUGCCCAGGAGAAAACAAUUCUGACCGGAGAAUGCUGUUACCUGAACCCCUUACUCCGAAGGAUCAUAAGAUUCAUAGGGGUAUUUGCUUUUGGGCUUUUUGCUACUGACAUUUUUGUAAACGCCGGACAAGUGGUCACGGGGCACCUGACGCCGUACUUCCUGACGGUGUGCAAGCCCAACUACACCAGCGCAGACUGCCCGGCGCACCAACAGUUCAUCAACAAUGGGAACGUCUGUACUGGGGACCUGGAAGUGAUAGAGAAGGCUAGGAGGUCCUUUCCCUCCAAACAUGCUGCUCUGAGCAUUUACUCCGCCUUAUACGCCACGAUGUACAUCACAAGCACAAUCAAGACGAAAAGCAGUCGACUGGCCAAGCCGGUGCUGUGCCUCGGGACCCUCUGCACAGCCUUCCUGAUGGGCCUCAACCGGGUCUCUGAGUAUCGGAACCACUGCUCCGAUGUGAUCGCGGGCUUCAUCCUGGGCACUGCUGUAGCCCUGUUUCUGGGAAUGUGUGUGGUCCAUAACUUUAAAGGAACACAAGGAUCUCCUUCCAAACCCAAACCCGAGGACCCCCGUGGAGUACCCCUAAUGGCUUUCCCAAGGAUAGAAAGCCCUCUGGAAACCUUAAGUGCACAGAUGGAGAGGAAUAUGAAGAUAGCAACAGUAAAUUACUUCCCCAAGCCACAUAGCCAGCAAGUGGGAAAACUGGGGUGAGUAGCUCUUUAAGCAGACAGAAUGGGGAUAACUGAUAAUAAAACAGGGUUUUUAUAUCAUGACACAUUUUUCAUGUAGCUGAGUCCUGCUAAAAUGUUUAUUUUCUGUAAUAGUCUAUCUCGAAAUCUUGUUGUAUUUGGCAUUUCCUUACUAAAUCAUUUUUACAGAGUGCAAGAGAAGCAAAUCUCCUCCCACUGGAAUUAUCAUGUACUUCCUAUCAAUAUAGUAUAAAAUAUUUCACUAUUUAAAGAGUAACUAUCAGACAUCUGAGAAACUAUCGUAUUUCUUUUCACAUUUAAUGAAGUCUAAUUUUAUUAAUGAACCAGAAAAAAAAAAAGCUAUUUCCACCUUGGGAAAAAUAUCUAGGGCUCUCCAUUAAACCCAGUGCCAAGUAUUUUGUUCUUUUUCCCUUCACCUGUAUUAAGGUGAAAAUUUUGACUUGGUCCAGUUAGAAAUAACAUACUGAAAAUUUUACUACUGAUUUAUGUAUAGCCAGUUAAUGCAGGUUGAAUGACGAAUUAGCUAAAUAAUAAAACCUUGUAAUGAAAUGGUGAAAUAGACUCUCCCUAGUUUUUCUUCCCUAAUUAUGUUCUUGUACCCGGUGAGGUCAGAGUGUUUCCCUCUAUUUUUUGAGAUGAAGCAAUUAAUGACAAAGGUGAAUUUAAAAAGCAAGCCGAGAUGUUUGCCAAGUUCCACAAACAUAUCAGCCUGUCCUUGUAAAUGCUGUCGACUUUGCCCUGAAUGUCCUGGUCGAAGGGCACCCUGUUUCCGCCCCAUCCUUUUACCCAGCACUGCUCAAGCAUUACCUUCGUUCUGAAGCCUUCUCCAGACUGCUCUCUUCUCCCUCAGAGCCAGGAAUAGUUGACCAGGCCAAGAGACAUCCAGGCCAUGUUUUGGGGGAUUCUACUUACAUUGAAAAAUGAAGUGCCAACCCGGUUUCAAAACCUCCUAUUCGCAAUAUAGAUUUAAAAAAUUCUUUUAAAAUAUGUAUUAGUUUAUUAUUCACUACAGGCAGUAGUUGAACUUUUCAAAUCUGUCCAUGUAUCUUUAUUGCCAUGUAUAUCCCCUCAUCUGGGCACAAUCUGAGGCCUUUCGUGAAUAUCAGGCUUGGGUCAAAGGGACCCCAGGCCCCAGGUGUGAUUGCCCCUCACAAUUAAUGUCAGUAAUCCCGUCAUAUCUGCCUCCCACAAGGACUGAGAGAUUUUUAAGUAGGUGAACCAUGUCUUUCUUACUCUCUAUAUUUCCUGGCAUUCACUAGGGGUGAAAUAAAUAUGUAAUGGAUGGACAGAUGCAAGCCAGAACCAAAACCUGAACUAGACCCUCUAGUCAAAACUGAGAACCUAAAAUUGGGCUCUAGUCAAUAUCUGAAACUCCAUGGUAAAUAGAAGUUUAUGAGUAAUGAUGAACAGGACUUCUGCAGGCUAGUCAAAAUAAAGCUACAGGAAGCCGGAUGGAAAGCAUUGCCUCUUAAGUGAUGCCUUCCAUACUAGUUGUGCAAUAUUCAAGUAACCAAGCACCUGCUUUCCACAUGGGUAGUUAGGAGGAUAUACCCUUUAUUUGUGGGUCAAGAAGAGAAACUGAGCAUUUAUUGCAAGCCCUCACAUUCAGUCCUUACAAUAAUCCUGCAAUUGGCAAUAUUAUUCGACUUUAUAGAUGAAGUAAGGCACAAAGAGUUUAAGUAACAUGCCGAAGGUCACCCAGUCAAGAUUAAGACCCAGACCCAUCUAAUUCUAAAGGCCCUGCUUGCUCUUGUACACCACACGGCCUGACGUUCAAGGAAAAUUCCAUUUUGAAAUCUACAACUCUCAGCAUUGAAUAUGGAAACACGCUCUAGGGGACAGUGUGUGUGAGCUGAGCUGCACAGGGCUGGCAGGGUUUACACUGAGCCACAGCUCUUCCAAAAUAAACAUGCCCUGUGUUUUCCCCUGUGGGCGAGAGCUUCCUGUGCAACGGCAGCAGCCAUGGCUUCUACUAGAAGCUGCUCCUUUGUAAUUUCUGGGAUAGAACCAUCUUCCUGGGAGGAGGACUUGUGGGAUCUGAGAGAAGAUAUGAACCUGUCUUUAAAGCACACAUUCUCACAAGUGAAAUCCAUCCAGCUGUUCAGAGCGCCUCAAGAAGAAGACUGUCUAGCUGGGGAGGGAACCCCCUCACCCUCCCUUUCCUUCUUCCAGAGACAUCCUUUCCCCUUUACCACACAGAGCCCCAGAGCUGCAGUGUUCUUUCCUCCUCUCCAAAAGAUCAACUCAAAUUUGAAAAUUUGCCUUCUGCGGUUGAGACGGUACAUGUUCUAAAAUCUUUCCCCAAUACUAAAGAGAAACCAGAAAGUAAAAAAUUACAGAAUCCAAACGAAACAAAAAUGGUCAAGUUUCCAAAGCAUUAUUUUGUUAUGCUACAGAGCUGUUGUAUCCUAGAGAGACCAGCUCCGAGCUAUCCUCGUCCUGUGGCCUCACACCCACUUUCACCUGCGUAAUCAAGCUUAGCGUUGAGCAACUGUGUCUUUGUUGAACACAGUUUAUAUUAACAGAGAAAUGAGAGGUGAGCCAGUGUGUUAACUCACUGUGUGUGGUAUAAAGUCUCCCGUGUCUCCUGAUGGGGGCAGGGCGGUGUAGGGGGGAGAUGAUAUUUUUUUCUUUAACAAAAAAAGAAGGAUCCAAUCUAUCUCAAGACUCAGAUGCCUAUGACCUUAUUCCAGAAGAUUCUGAUUUAGCCAUUCUGGGGUGCAAAGCCAUAUAAGAAAAUAGUCCGAGAGGAAUUCUAAUGCUCGCCACCCCUUGAUUUAGAGCUAGUGAUAUUAUAGACUUCAAAUUAUAAAUAGAAAAAAGAAAAGACUUGGAGAGUUAAAGAAAUCUGCCCAAAGUCACCCAGUUAGUUAUCUUAGGCUGUUAAACUACUUUAUCUUUACCACCCACUUUUAAAUGGACUCUUAUAAACAUAUAAAUGACCAAACUAUUGACC